AACAGUCUCAGUGGGUGAUGCUUGGCGAAGAUGUCACGCGUCUUUGCUUCACUAUCCUCACUGUGAGGCAAGCUGCACGCUCAUAAACACUCGGCAUAAAACUGCAGCAAACCUGGAUGAGCAUUUCGAAACAGUCGGAUGAGCGAUUAUUGGUGGUGUUAUUGUAGAAGUUAUGUUAUUUUCCGGACCAUCGCAACAGCUUUAAAAUGAACCCUCAUUGCGCACGCUGUGGGAAAAUUGUCUACGCAACAGAGAAGGUGAACUGUCUGGACAAGUAUUGGCACAAAGGAUGCUUCCAUUGUGAGGUGUGUAAAAUGACGCUCAACAUGAAUAACUACAAGGGAUAUGAGAAGAAGCCUUAUUGCAACGCGCACUACCCAAAACAGACCUUUACAAUUGUGACAGACACCCCUGAGAACCUUCGGCUAAGACAGCAAAGUGAGCUCCAAAGUCAGGUCAAAUACAAGAAGGAUUUUGAACAGAGCAAGGGUCGGGGCCUCAAAUUUGUUCUAGAUACCCCGGAGCUACAAAGACUACGGAAGGCCCAGGAUCAGAUCAGUAAUGCAAAGUAUCACAAGGACUAUGAGAUGUCAGGUUUGCAUGGGGUCACUCAAGGGACCUACCUGGUACAGUCUCAGAUGAGAUCCAACUAUGAGAUGGCGGACAAUGGCACACAAAAGGGUGUCCAUCAGUACAUCAUGGAGAUGGAUCGAAGACCUGGCGUGAUUGUGGCACCUGUACUUCCUGGUGCAUACUAUCCCAGCAGUCACACCCAUGGGCACAGCUACAUGCACCAAACCAGCAUGCAUUCACUAAGGUCAAUGGAGCUAAGGUCACAACACACAAACAUGACUGUAUACAGAGCCCUGUAUGACUAUACAGCACAGGAUUAUGAUGAGGUGUCUUUCCGGGAUGGUGAUAUCAUUCAAAAUGUGCAGCCAAUCGACGAAGGCUGGAUGUAUGGAAAGGUACAGCGGACAGGUAGAUCGGGAAUGCUGCCUGCAAACUAUGUAGAGGGCAUUCGCUAGGUGUCGAAGGUCUCGCACCCGCUGAGCCACAAAUGAGUCCUACAGCUGAGCUUCAUUGUUUAUAGGCACCAAAUGUUUUUAAAUG